UCACCACCACCACCGUCGCUACCACCACCGACGCUACCUCCACCGACGCUACCACCACCGACGCUACCACCACCGACGCCAUCACCUCCGCCUCCGCCAUCGCCAUCGUUACCAACGUCGGGACGCCGUGUGUGACCGUCGCUGUCGUUUCAGUUACUAACAGACCGUGUGAUCGUUCGCAUUGCAGGCUGUGAAGCGCGAGAAUUGUGCGAGAGAGAGAGAGAGAGAGAGAGAGAGAGAGAGAGAGAGAGGGAGGGAGAGAGAGUGAGAGAGAAAGAGAAAGAAAAAAGAAAAAUAAAGAGGUGAGAUAGGAAUCGUAGCGAGCGGGGAACAUAAGAAAGAACCGCGGUGCAUAGAAGGAAGAGAAAGAAAUAAAAGUGGAAAAGGAAGGUGAAAAAUAGAGAGGAAGAGUCGAGCGAGAGGGAAAGGGGAAGGGAAAAAAGGGAGAGAAAGAGAGAAAGUACGUUGCGAGCCAUGCUGCAUGGUCUCGCCUGAACAAAGGAAGGCUCCCUCAACCCGAGGGUCGUUUCCGAUCGACGAACCGUCGGUCCCCCUUCGUUUGCCUUCGGCGCGCCUCGUGCGGUGUGUCUAGUAAAGGCAGCAAACGGUCAGUCACGCAGCAGCGGCCGAGCCGUGAGGAACGAAGAACGGAAGAACCAGAGUUCUACGAACAUCGAAAGAAAAAGCGUGCAUCGGUGCACCGGCUUGCCGGUGAAAACAAAGGAAACAGGCAAACAGCGAAAUAAUAUCGUGCUCGCCCUACCGGAAGUUAGUUGGCGACGAUUUCGCUUUUAAGUGGAGAAAGUGGAGGAAAUUUCCUGUUCCUAUCAAAAUCUUUUUUACCGAAAUCGGCUCGGUUUUGUGUACGUUGCAAAGUCGUUCUCGCGUAUCGUUUCGCUCGAAAUCAACGCCGAAACUCGACCUAAGUGCUAAACAAAUACGGCGUUCUUCGCGCGUGUGUAUUUUUCAAGGUGCUUUCGUUCUCGCGUUCCGAAGCCUGUGGGUCGAACGACAAUCUCGAACAGCGACGGACAGAAAUUGGAUUUUCCGUUGGCAGUUUUGUGCGUGCGUAGUUAACCUAACCGGCAACCUAACCUAACGACCGUUGUGUAAGGGUAGGCGCGCAAUUAUCCGCGAUUAAUCGUUACGCGUACGUGUCGAGAAACCGAUCUUGAUGCGCGUGCUAAAUGGUGGAACAGAAUAGCUGAAUAAAGACGAAAGUGACUGCGAGAUCCACAUCUUUCCUCGAUUAUAGUACGCCGGCUCUUCGUUCGCCUUUAUUUUUCCUCCUUGAUACGUUUUUGUGUGACAUGUGCCACGAGUACACGGUGCAUGCUUGAGUCGAAGGAUUCUUUGAUCGCAAAACAGCAUUCUUCCGUUCGACUACGUACGGAUUAUCCUCGUAUUUACGGGAUGCCGGUUGACUGAAGAUGGCCUCGCCGACACUCUCGCUGGAAUCGCGCGCGAAUUCCAUCGGAUCCCUAGCCUCGCUGUCCCCGCUUACAGUGAGCGGCAGUUCCCCGCCUGCGAGCGACUCUGCGAUCUGUGACGUCGACAGCUGCGACCUUUGCCUCGACUCGCAGAAACCUGGAGAGGCACCCUGUCCGCGGUGCCGAUUAGGAGGCGCCGGUGGAGUUCGUUGUACCGGUUGCAAGUCCACGGAAUCCGACGCUGUAGCUCGUUGCUUCGACUGUGCGAAUUUUCUCUGCCCAAAUUGCGUGAUGGCGCACCAAUUUAUGCAUUGCUUCGAGGGCCAUCGCGUGCUCAAUCUAGGCGACUCGAAGCUGGAAACGGUGACCACCAGCUCCGCUACCACCGAACUCCCGAAGAACAAUCUGGUGAUCAAUCUUCACGCUAGCGGAAACAGCGAGAAAGUACCUUACUGUCCCCGGCACAAGCAGGAGCAAAAAUACUUCUGCCGUACUUGCACAGCGUUAGUCUGCAAAGAGUGCGCCAUCGCCGAUCAUCCUGGCCCGUUGCAUGACUGCGCGCACAUCUCCGAGGUAGGGUCGCAGCAGCUGGAAGCGAUGGCACGAGUGGUUCAGGAGUGCAAAGCGAAAGCCGCGGACGUGAGAGCUGCCGUGAAGGCAGCCGAUCACGGCGCAGCGCGACUACAAGUGCAGUAUCACAAGGCGCAGAACGAGAUCAACGACACUUUCCAGUUCUAUCGAUCGAUGCUGGAGGAACGUAAGCAAGAACUGCUGAAGGAGCUGGAAUCGGUCUUCUCCACCAAACAAAUAUCUCUCGGCGUUCUGACGCAGAAAGCCAACGACAUGGCCGACAAGAUGCUGCAGACCUGCGAGUUCGUCGAACGAUUGACCAAGUACGCCACCGUUACCGAAGUGCUGAUGGUGAAGAAACUUCUCGACUCGAAGCUACAGUUGCUGCUCAGUUACACGCCGGACGUCGCCGGUCAGACUGCCGACCUCGAGUUCGUCAGCAACUACCAGGCCAUUCAGGUAGGCGUGCGAAACACGUUCGGCUACGUUCGUAGCAACAACGAGAGCAACGCCGGCCCGAUCGGCAAACAGCCACCCAUCGCUCGACCAACAGCGAUGUCGAACAACGGGAACGGCGGAAGCAACGCCAACAGUGGAUCUAGUAGCAUCGGUACUUUGGGUGGUUUGCUCCUGGAUCGAUCUUACAGCAACGGCCUGAUAUCAUCCGGCUCUACCUGCGCUUCGUCCACGUCGCCAUCGUCCUUCGAGUCCAAUAGCACGGUGAUCACGAAGCGUUUCAGCUCGGCCAACAGCCUGGGCCCGUUCCCCGCCACAAUCAGCGACCUCACUUUGAACAGUAUAAACGCGAAUCCUUACGAGAAAUGGAGCAACGGAGGCAGCGACGCCUUUCCGGUGGUGUCCACGAACGACCACUUUCCAAUGGCGACGUCCGUCGUUGUGGCAGCGAACGCCGCGUCCUCCGACCCCGUUUUAGACCUGACGUCGAAACUGAUGUCCGCCGCCGUGAUAUUCCCACCGAAAUCGCAGAUCAAGCGACAGAAGAUGAUCUAUCAUUGCAAGUUUGGCGAGUUCGGGGUAAUGGAGGGACAGUUCACCGAGCCGUCCGGGGUCGCGGUGAACGCGCAGAACGACAUUAUCGUGGCCGACACGAACAAUCAUCGAAUCCAAAUAUUCGACAAAGAAGGCAGAUUUAAAUUCCAAUUCGGCGAGUGUGGAAAACGCGACGGCCAGUUGCUGUACCCGAACCGAGUGGCCGUGGUGAAAACGUCCGGCGACAUAAUCGUUACCGAACGCUCGCCGACCCAUCAGAUACAAAUAUACAACCAGUACGGUCAGUUCGUGCGUAAAUUUGGGGCGAACAUCUUGCAGCAUCCGCGCGGUGUAACGGUCGACUCGAAGGGACGCAUAGUCGUCGUGGAAUGCAAAGUGAUGCGCGUGAUAAUUUUCGACCAGACCGGCAACGUGCUUCAGAAGUUCGGUUGCUCGAAGCACCUGGAGUUUCCAAACGGAGUUGUGGUAAACGACAAACAGGAGAUAUUCAUCAGCGACAAUCGCGCGCAUUGCGUGAAGGUGUUCAAUUACGAGGGCGCCUAUCUGCGACAGAUCGGCGGAGAAGGGAUCACCAACUACCCGAUCGGGGUAGGGAUCAACGCCGUCGGCGAGAUACUGAUAGCAGACAAUCAUAAUAACUUCAAUCUGACCAUCUUCACUCAAGACGGUCAACUGGUUUCCGCUCUGGAGAGCAAGGUCAAGCAUGCCCAAUGUUUCGAUGUGGCUUUAAUGGACGACGGAUCGGUCGUGCUAGCCAGCAAGGAUUAUCGACUCUACAUUUAUCGUUACGUACAAGUACCGCCGAUCGGCAUGUAGACCAGCGACAAAUCACGACGCCGACAACGAUCGUCUGUCGUCGUUUUCAUUGUUGUCGUUGUCGUAGUCGUAGUCGUUGUCGUUUUUAUCGCCAUCGUUUCGACGGCCACACAGCCACGAUCUCAUGGAUCUUUUUUUACUUACACUUGCCUAUCUUCUUCUUCACCCACCUACCAUCACCGCUCGCGCUCACUUUACCUAUCCAUCUUCGCCCGCUCGAACCACCACCACCUCACUUCCGUUUACGAAACUCCGAUUACGAGACGAAACAACAAGAUGCAAGCGUACGCGAGCGAACACGCGUUGACCCGACAGCUGUCGAAAUUUCAGACGAUGACAGGCCUUAUUUACACGGACAUGGGCGCGUACGCGCGUGCGACCAAGCUGCGCGCCGACUAGACGAUAACCGGCGAACGAGUUACGUUCUCUGUCGCUUUCACGGACAGGCGUGACGUCUUUCACGCGGGUACGCGCUUCGGACGAUUAACCGCGACGAUUAAACGCGACGAUUCUUCGAACGAGGAUUCGAGGAUUUGACGAGAGAAAAAAGACGGGAAAGAAACCGAUGGUGAAUUUAUGGAAACUCGUAGGGCACUCUCGACAGCGAAUGGGCGCUUCGUGACACGCACGCGUGCAAACCUCUUGAAAACGCGUACGCGCAGCACGUAUCAGAUGCUCGUACGAAAUGGAGAAACGCAGGCGAGUUUGGAACGCCGAUUUUGUUGCGUGCGGAACGUAGCCGCGCGCGCAUUAAAAAUGAAAAGUCACACGAGACGUGUAGGCGCAUAUACGCAGAAAAAUUACUUGUUAAUGUUGUUAUAACUGAAAAUACUGUUGUUGUUGUUUAGUUGUAGAGCUCGCCGCCGCUAGUCACUCCAUCCUCAACCUCACCAACCACCCUUACCCUCCAGCCUCUCCCAUUUUACUCCCUAUCUUGUCAGUUCUUGUCGGUUACGUCUCCGUUUUUCCAUGAAAAUACAGGGUGUACCAGUUUCUGUGACAUCGAAACUUUGUCGGUACGUUCCAUGGAUCUAAAUAGGAAAACGAUGUUACGCAAACAUGGGUCGUUUAAAACUUUGCCGAAACGUUACCAGGAGAAUACCAGAUACUCGCGGUUACUGGUUGCAACACGCGAACGAAUCAUCCACAUCUCGCUCUGUUUACGACAAUUACGUUUACCAAGUUUCUGUCCGAGAUAUGGUAUAAUCGCGCUUAAGUUUCUCCACAAUGCAAAAUCCAGAGCAUUCGAAGAUAUGGAAUCAUCGAUCUGCCGAUUUUGUGUUUACCUUUAUUUUCGUUUUCCUUCGUUUCGCUUCGAUAGUAAAAGAAAGAAAAGAAAAAAAGUAUGUUCUCGUAACUUUUCAACAAAAUUGUUAAACCAUCCAUGGUUGUACCGCGUCUAUUCCUUAUUUAGACACCCAAACAUAUUGAAUGUUCGAAAGUUUGGCCGCUAAAAUCCGGAACACCGGAUCCGUUCAUACCCUUGUUCACACUUCCCGCUCCAUUCUCCUUUCCGCGAAUUUCCCGAAGAAAAACCGCGAGGUGCGUGUUUCCGAAAACCUCGGAUGCGUUAUGUUUCUGCAUGUAUCUUAGUCGAAUCGUGCUAACGAUUGAUCCGGCGGAACUCGGGACUGAAACUCGGCUUAAUCGCACUCCACGAACACCGCCGUUCAGUCUCGUUCGUUUUCUUCCAACCCAGAGCGAUAGGAUUUUUCCAUCGACUUGGCCGAUUUACGGACGAAUCGACGCCUGCGAGAGCUUGUUUCGUCGCUCUCUCUCUCUCUCUCUCUCUUUUUUCUCCUCUCACAUGCAUACGUAAUUGGAAAAUAACGCGGAGUAUUCGAUCGAUUCCUAGACCUUUGCACUGCCUCGGAUUACUCGUUGAUCCAAGAACGACGAUAAUCGACAGUGUCGAUCGGCAACGUUGUCAAGGCUUGUCCGUUCUUGAAGCUUUCGCAAGCCUGUGAACUUCGAAGAUUUUUCCUAUUUAACGACGGACAAUUCUGCAUCGACUUCUCCAAAUCCUCUUUAUCCUUACGUGUCGUUCUCUAUUCUCCCUCUUUUAAGGUGGUUAUGCAUAUGUUCUUUUUAUAUAUAUAUAUUAUAUUGUAUACAUAUUUAUAUGUAUGUGUUUCUCUUUUUUUUUUUUUCAUAGCAAUCAACGACAACUCCGACGAACAUUCGUCUUAAGAUACGGUAUUUUAAGUACGACAGUGACGACAGUCGAAGUUUUGUUCGCUUAAUCGACUCUUCUUACCUUUGUUUCUCGAUCGUUUCCCUCGAGAACGCCCCCUUUUGUUUUCUUUUAACGCACCUUUUCCUUCGCGUAUUACCUUAUUUCGUUUCUCUUAUUAACCCUGCUCGUUGCAAAUAAGACUGUCUCGAAGAAACGUUCAACGUAAAAUUCGUCGACAACGGACGAUUCUUUCGUAUUUUGCUCGGACUCGAGACUACUAUCUUGGUGGAAAGUCGAGAAGAGCCGCGAUAGGUGGAAAAGUGGAAGCGGCGAGAAGCAGAAAAGAGAAGCGCGGCAGGGUUAAACACACGCGAUUAAGCAACGCGUACGAUUUAUGUUCGAUUUUGACGAUGGUGAGGUCGAGAGGCCGCCUGCCUGAAGGACGACGAGAGGUUGCGAAGAGAGAGAGCGCGCGCGCGCGCGCGCGCUAAAAAGACUGACAACUUGGUUCUUUUCGUUUCUCGGUUCAACCUUCGUGCAGCCAAAUGAUUCGCGUUUCCAUGAAAUCGACGAAAGCUGGACAGACGCGCCAUCUCCUCGUUUAACUUGAUCUCCCUCUUCGGGACAGUCUUCUAAGGAUGUUCGAUCGACGUCCUCGACGUCCUCAAGCACGUCCUUGAAUAUUACGAUCGUUCGAUGAAAAACGGUAAGAAAUCUGUAGAAAACAGCUGUUUCUCAGUCGCUCUCCGACGUUUUUAUUUGAUUUUGCUGAAUAGAACAGUAGUAGUGUUAAGCUGUAGUAGCGAGUAGCCGUAGUGAAUCGUAGUGAAACGACGUAACGAAUCAUUUGCUCGGCCCUGUUCCUCUCUGUAUCGUUUCAUUCACGCCGUUUCCUUUUCCACGGCGUGUUUCGUGAUUCAGAAACGAUUCCUUCCUAUCCUAAAUGCACCUGUACCAUCACCAUUGCGAUCCAUCACACCGUUACGAUUUACCAUCACCGUCGUGAUCACCGCCACCACUAUCACCGAUACUAUUCACCAAUUACUUUCCUCUUUCGAGUACGUUGCUUUCUUUUUCUUCAGUAUAAUCGAUAAAAACGUGUGUUACUCUGGUAACCUUUUUUUAAUUUGAAUGUAUAGUAUUAAUAUAUUUUGUUGGAUGAAUCGACGAUGUUGGAAACCUCGCGCGAGGUUUUGCCACGCGACUUCAUGCAUGUUUAUUAUUACAAAUAUUAUUAUUUUUAUUAUAUUAUUAUUAUUAUUAUUAUUAUUAUUAUUAUUAUUAUUGUAUGUAUGUAUGUAUGUAUGUUUGUAUGUAUGUACGUACGUAUUAUUAUUAUUAUUAUUAUUAUUAUUAUUAUUAUUAUUAUUAUUAUUAUUAUUAUUAUUAUUAUUAUUAUUAUUAUUAUUAUUAUUAUUAUUGUAUCAUUUCUAUGUUUAUCUAUUCAUUAUUUAAGCACCGCACUGUCAGAUGCCGUGAGAGCGUUAUAAUUCUUGAAGCAUAUCUUUGACAAUGGAAUAUAUACCUAAGCAUUUUCUGAUAACGUGUCAUUGGAUAUGUAACGAGGUUAGCUGGCGUCCCUCGGUGUCGAAAAGUACAAAACUAUGAAUUACGAGGAUCUUCCGAGACAUCGUCAAUUUUCUUUAUUCGAUAAGAGCUAUUCGCGGCAGUCGUACGAUCAGGUCGCCCGGAAGUUGUGGAAAGUCUGCAAGUCGGUCUGCAAUUUUCGGCAUAUCGAUCCAGGCGAUACGACGUUCGAUGAAAAAUUUGUUAAAUCGAUAGUCUUGUUAUGUUUCAUUCAAACGGACGUAUCUGGCGCGGUAAAAUGACUUUUGGCGUCUACCGGGGGUGUUAAUUUUACACGCGUCCCACAUACAAACUGUCACGGCCCUGUCGUUUCGAAAAUUAUCCGAUCUUUGUCAAAAUCUACCCUUUUUUUUUUUUUUUUAUUUUUCGCUUUGCAAUGUGACACGUACGAAAUAAGUCAAUGUUCGCGACUCGAACUAAACUUGAAAUUGAAAUUAAAAGUUGGAAACAUUUUCGCGUUAACUGGCAGACGGACGACUGAAUUUAGGCGACAGUCGCAGAUACGCCCUUUUGAUACGACACGGCAGUGCUAGUUUCGUAUAAUUUCGGAUUUCUCGUCCAGCUAAAUCGACGUCACCUAAUUGCUCGCUGGUGAAAUUUUCGAAACGUUCGAGGGUCUCGAAUGAAAUUCGCAACAUUGACAAAUUAGAUGGAAAUCGUUAGAUGGUACUUAGAAUUCGUCGAUAAACAAACAAUACGCGAGUUCGUUCGUAUUCUAGUUGAUUAAGUUUGAUCAGCGAAUAUCUUUUUCCUUGAAUAGGAAAUCGUUAUCGUUAAAAAUCAUCGUAUUUCCCUUAGUCUAUCUAUUUCGUAAUUAAUUCGUAACAGUACAUAUUAGCAAGUUGUUAAUGAAAUAUUUUGCGCUGUGAAACAGGUUGUGCCGUCUUAAAACUUGUUAAACUUCUCUCGUGCGUGUUUUCAUAGCGAUCUACGGUGGAAUCGUAUUAAGGCAACGAUCAGUGAGAGGAAGGAGGAAAGUUGUGGAAAGUUGAUAGAAGAUCCUUGAUAAUUCGUCGUCGUUAUAUCGUUCGCUAUUCGAAUCGAGGUCCUUACAGAUUCACUCUUAACAUCUUCACGCCAGACACGCGCUCGGUCAUAACCGACCAACGUUCUUCCAUUGAAUCGUGCAAUUCGGUUGACUCUGCCGCGAUCCUCGCGCAGUUUGUCUGCUUCGAUCUCGCUCUCGCCUCGGCGGACGAAAAGAAAUUUCUUUAACGUUCUGGAAAUUAAAACAUACCGAUAGGAGAGCCGCGUCGUAUCUUGUCCGAAUGUUUGAAUGUACUUUUCGUUAAAACGAUAGAAUCGGAUCGCGAAUGAACGAAUGAAAGAGAACGCAGCAGGGUGAUUUUGUCUCUCCUGUUGUUUCGAAAUUACGAGACCGUAGAACCGACGGCGCUUUCUUUCUUAGUCUUUGUCGAGACUUUUUCGCCUCGACGAAAGGAGACGGCGUGACCGAGCUACGCGAUCUGUCAGACGGAAGAGCAACGAAAGUAUCGAUUCGAUCGGCUAUCGGAGCACAGUUACGAUCGGACAAUUAGACGGGCUAUCGUUGCGUACAUCUGCAGUAUUCUAGCUAAUUUUUCAGCGACGGUAUGCUAGACACACGGAUAGAAACGGAAGUAAAAAGGAAAUUAGGAGGAGCAUAGAGAGAAUCGAGGAAAGGGAUAACUGGUUGAGAUACACGGAAAUUUUCACGUUAUUCCGUAUUGAAUACCUUACUGCCAAAAAAUCCUAGAGAUUUCCUUUUCGUACGGUUCUUUCAUAUUUCAAUCUACUUCUCGCCUUUGUAUUUCUCGUCUUUCCACCUUUCUCUUUCGGUGAAAACGACGAAGAGUCGAAAUAAUCGUAUCGGACUUUCUUCUUUGCAAGAGACAAAGUACGUAACAGUUUAUUCCAUUCAGAUCUGCAUCACAAGGUAUUUGUCCAUUAGUAUUUAAAUCGCGUAUUCUUGUUUUGAUUCGUAGUUAUUAAUAUUAUUACUUGUAUUACUAUUAUUUUUUUAUUUUAUUAUUAUUAUUAUUAUUAUUGCAAUUAUUAUUAUUAUUAUUAUUAUUAUUACUAUUAUUAUUACUAUCACCGAUUAGUUAUUGUAUCAUUAAUAUUAUUAUUACCGCGUACAUUAUAAUAAUAGUAUGGCUGUAGAAAAAAAUGUAAACGGAACGAGACGAUGCCACCUUGCCAGCUAGCCAUCACUACCACUGUUUUCUCCCUUCCGUUACUCAUAGCAUCCUUCGAGAAAUACGAACGAAAAUGAAAAAAAUGGUAUACACUUCGAUAUGCGUUAUUUCCAAAGUGAGGAUCGAGACGUACAUGUAUGCGUGUGUGCCUGAGUGUUUUCUUGUAUGCGCGCGCGCUCUUUGCAUCCGAAAGAAGCGGUACCGAAGCACAUAAAGAAAAACAAACAUGCGACUCUCUCUCCUUUUUUUUUGUACUGGUUUGUUAUGUUAUUUUUUUUUUUUUUUUAAACGAUACAACCCGAUUGUUCUUAAUUUAAAUUGUAAAUCGUAUUUUUGUUUGUUUUUUUAGUUAUUUUUUGUUGUAAAAUGCUUUUUAAUAAUAUUUUCAGUUCACAUUACACCGACAACUGUCAGUUUUUUGUCUCACUUUAUUUCUUCUUACUCUCGCUCGCUUCUCCGUACCUUCUUUCGUCCCCGAAAACACACCACUUGUGUACCCUUUUUUUUAUUUACGCUUCAUCGAUCCAACCCCCAACUAUACGUACACGCGCGAUAGAAUUUUAACCCUGUCCCAUUAUCGAUCUAUCUGUAUUUUCCUAACGUUAUUUGCUAAUCUUAUCAAGUAGCUCUCUAACUUUAACGGCAAUAUGAAGAAAUUGUCGUCGGUAUACGUCGUCGGCGCUUCUUUUCAACUUUUCCAACUUUCGCCAUUUCCUAUCCUACUUAUAAUACAUGGAAAAAAUGUACAAGAUAAGACAAUUCUUUGUUAUAGUUCUAAUUUUGUUACUCGUAGUCGCGUGUUCGGACAAAGCUAAAUUUAUUACACACCGACGAGAUAAACCUGCUCGUUCGUUUUUCCAUCGAGAACUGAACAUUGACCGAAUACGACGUUCGAUAUAACGUUUCCCACGGUUAAUCGAUAUUUUUGAUUUUACGAUCGACAAUGAUUAUCGCUGAUCUGCUACAACGACCUAACUGAAAACUCGUAGUUUUUGAGUUGCCGGGUAUAAGAGAAACAAUUGUUCCUUACGUUUUCUAUCGCUCGUAGAGUCGCUCUAUUGUAUCGUCACGAGACCAUAACAGUUGAGAACGUUCAAACACGUUUCUCCCAAAGUGGUGAAUUUUGCGUCAUUGUUGCAGAAAAUGAGCGAUAUACAGUAAGAAACGUUAUAAUCGUGUUUAAGGACAUUUUAGAAAGUGAUUCAAGCGAUUUUUUAAAAUACUAAUAUUCUAUAUCUGUAUCGAUCGAUAACUCGAUGAAUCCAUUAACGACAGAUGGUUGAAAUCUUCCAUUUCAUUGGUAUGUGACGGGUGGACAGAAUUUCACCACCCCGUAACUUGAUUACGCGACCCAUAAGAAUAUGUAAGAAGCCCUGGUAUACUUGAUCGUUUGUCACGUAUUUUCUUAAGACGCGAACAAUAAAAUUAAAGUAUAGAAAUCGCACGAUCGUAGCAGGGUUGAUCAAAAUUUCGUGAAACAUUUACGAUUUCAUAGCUCUCGCUUUUACCGAUACAACCCUCGGUCCAUGAUUUGUUACAUAUUUUGAUUAUACUUUUAUAAAAAUAUAAUAAAUUUUCACAGAAGGAAACGCAAGAUAAUUUAUUUUUAUUGUCGGAAAUCAACUAAUACGAAUUGUAUCAUUGUGAAAGAGAAAACAUCUCAAGACCUUUCUGUUCCAUUUUUCCAUCGAACGAAAUAUCGCGCGUCACCGCUGCAACAUCGGUGCAACGUUGUUUCCUGCUAGAAAUUCGACUCGAUCGUAAAACGAUCAUAAUAUUCUAUCGUACGAAAACAUUUGCUUCUUUUGCCUUCUGUACGAUAAAUCCUUGCCUAUCCUAUUUCCUUGUUUCUUUCGAUAUCUAAGUUUAGUUGAAUCCCGUUGCGAAACACAUUCCUCGAAAACUCCAGUAGAAACAUUCCAUUUUAGUAAGAGAUUAGAGUUGAUAUAUGUUUUACGAUUGUAGCUUCUAAUAUCGUUUAAGGACACGUCUUCGUUACAAAAUUCAAUUCGCCAGCUGGAUCGUGCUGUUUGCACGCUUGUUUCUCCUUUUACGAAAAUUUGAACGAUUCAAAAAAAUCUGAAAUUCUCAAGUACUGCGUAUUUUUGUAUAAAUAAAAAGAGCGACCGAAAAACCAGGAUUCUUUUCGUCUAUUCUCGGUCCUAUAAUUUUCCUAUUGAUUUUUCUGCCAAUUAUUAUUCAGUUGCCAACUUUUCACGUUGCGAACACCAGUCCUUGUGUCUUAAAAGAUCAGAACAUUUUUUGAUAUUAAACGUUAUUCGAUAUGAUAUAGUUGAAAAUUCAAAAGUUCAAAAUUUGUUGUUGACGAUAAAGUCGAUGAAUUUUCUACUUGAAAAUUUGUUGCCAUACGCGUCUCACCGCAGGCAGACAUUUAGCGGAAAAUUCAGUUCAAAAAUCGUGGGAUUAAAAUUGAAUGACUGACAAAAUUUGCGAUUUUUUGGCUCAUUGGCUCUGCUUCGUUCGUCAACUACUUCGCUUUGAAUAUUUUACAUAUUUUUACAUAUUAUACAUCGUGCGCGCUCUUGCGCCUUCGAAUUUCUCGUAAAUUUACAAAAAUCCGCAGUCUCAUCUUUCAUCAUUCAGAUUUUUUUUUUUUUUGGUAUUCGACAAACGAGUCGAAGGUAAACGAUGGAAGAAAAAGAGGAACGAAAAUGAUACGAUUACGACAGAAAGAUCGAGCGAGAAUUAUUUGUAACGAGGACAUUGCUUGUGGCAUGUACUUAGUACCAGAUGUGUGUUUUCUUAUUAUUUUUUCUUUUUUUUUUUUGCACGCGACCAAUUUCUGCGCGGAAUUCGAUCUUAAGUUUUCAUUCGUCGUGCACGAAGAGAACGACUCGAGAGAACUGCAGGUCUAAAUUCAAGAAACCAAUAGAUGCCAAACUUGUUUAUCGUUAAUAUUCACGACACGACUUAAACGAACAAACUGGAGGCUAAAGCAGGUGAAAAUUUUCAACUUAUUCGAUUGGAAAAUUUACAGAUACUGUUUAUUCGUGUCUAUAAAACUUCUAAUCAGGGGAAGGUUACCUAUAUUGGACCGUUUAAGAAGGUACAACGAAAGCGUGUUCGUAGCUUUGAGCAGGAAAAUUUGAGAACAAUUUUAGCAUUGUAAGCGAUACAUACAUCCGAUAAAAUAGGUUGAAACGCUAUAUGGCUAAUUGGAAAAAGAUAUUUUCGAUAUAGCGUCAACGAUCCGACCUUGGAAGCCGAUAUCCUAAAUUGGACCAUGCCUGUUUUCCUUUAUUUUGGAUAAGAACUUUAUAUCUAAAAAAGAAUGCUUAUAUCCUAAGAAAGAUAAAAAAUAACUCUGAAAAUUGAUAUGCGCUUGAAGAAACGAUCAAUCGUUGUCAGUACAAGUGGAGCCAUUUCUUACAAUGAAUCCAUUCUUCUGCCACAACUGAUUCCAAUGAUGCAAACAACACAAAUGCGAUCUUCAUCCUCUUCAUCCUUCGAUUCACUCGAACAAUCCUGUACCAUAAUCUGUUUCCUUUUUGAAACGUAGCAGCUACGACAGUUUCAACGGAAGCCAGCUUUUUCUGUUUCUCGAAUUCCAUUUUAGCCAUAACUCGAAUAUUCUUCUUAUCGUCGGAUCUACGUUUUCACGUAACUUUUGGUACAUUAUAUUCCCCAGCUGUUUCGUUUAAACCUGCGAUAUCAUUUUUAUACGCCGUUAUGGCCCCUUUCAUAGUUCUUCGUCCCAUUCCCCAUAUCUUUCGUCAUAGUGAUUUUUAUCCUUAAGAAGAGAAAAACGUGCCAUAAUUUACUCCGGUCUAACUCGAGGACCAUUAGAUGUUUCAAUUUUAACGUGUACGUGAGAUAAAAAAAAACCAGUACAAGUAUCUGAUAAACGUUGUGAUAAUUUUAAAGAUACGACUCUCCUUAAAAAAUUACAUUCCUAAGAAUUCAAAAUUUAUCUACUAGACAAAAGUUACAGUUUGUAUGAACUAGGGACGGAAUCGCAUCAGCCUACGUGAAAAUAAAGCAUUCGUCACGCUGCAGCUAUUAUUCAUUCCACGGUGUUUUGUUUCGAUGCUAUUACUAAGCAACGUGUAAACUAUAAUUUCAUAAGACAACCUCUAUGCGAAUAAAGACUAUGGUCCAAUUUAAAAACUGUUAGAUGGUUCGAUUUGAGGAACUAACCCAGUCUUAACGUUUACAUGUAACGAACAGAAACUAGUUCGCGUAUCGGAUAAACGUGGCGAUAAUAUUUAAAGCAACGAUGACAUUAAAUUAAAAUGACUCUUCUAUAUAAAAAAUUAUAUCCAUAAGAAUUCACAAUUUGCCUCGCUCGGAAGUAACGGCUUGUAUGAAGUAAAAGCAGAAUUACAUCGGCCAGAAUCGAAACGAAACAGUCACCGCACUGCAGGCAGCAUGAAAGCGGUAAUUGCAUGCGAAAAAAUGUCACUUAAGAAAAUUUAUCUGUGCGAGUAAAGACUAUGGUUCAAUUUAGGAUCCGGUCCAAGUUAGGUCCAACUUUCCCCUAUUUUUCGAAUAGACCAAUUCAGGAUACAAGAAACUCUUUAUUAUAUAAAUCCUAGUUGGAUAAUUCGCCAUGUAACUUGCUGUUGGCAUCAAAUGUCCACAAACUUCGACAACGUUGAUGAAUCCUUCACUUCGCUCUAAAAGCUGCGUUUCUUUUUUGCCUAUUCUCGCGUCAAUGUCAUAUUGCAAUUCCUAACUCUGUAGCCUGACGCUACAAAUAUCGCACGUUUCAAAAACAAGUAUCCAAAUUUCCUUGAUAUCCUCUGGUCCCAUAUUUGUACUGUGCGAAAAAGUGCAUUUCUAUCGUAAAGGAGCAGGAAUAAUUUCAAAUCCAUUGAACGAUAUCGAUCCGUCGCGCUGCUACGAUGCUUUUCGAAUGCCAUAAGUUGAUCGAUACGAGUAUUUCUACCUUCCACUGGCUUUGCAAAGGAUAAGGAUCAUCGAACGAGAAGCGAGUGAAACGGUUGCGUAAGAAAUCGAACGAAGCAGCGAACGGAGAUCUGGAAGUAAAAAGCAAUUCGCCGGAAACUUCACGAUGCUUGGCGGUAUCGAUUGCCGGAAGUUAAUAUUAAUGAAAAAAAAAAAAACAAAAAUAACGACUUUUUAGAUACCUAUAGCGGAUUGUAGAUGUCGCAUAAUAUAUAUUUUUGUACGUUCGCAAUGUGCGUAUUUAAGGCAAUCGCGUCGAAUAUCGUUGAAGACAGAGGCAAUCACGAGAGGGCAGAGAGAAAGAGAGAGAGAGAGAGAGAAAGAGAAAAAGUUUUCUUUCGUGACAACAAGAAGAAAAGACCGCCACAUUCGUGAUUCUUGGCGAUUGAAUCGCGUCAUCGGUAGCUUUGUUCCGACGCCUCGUGAACGUUGUGGUUGGGAUCGUUCGGGACAGUCCUGACGACGAUUCGGGAAGAAUCACGAAUACGUCGGGGCUGGUCGUCGGGAAAGUUAAAAAUCUAAAAAUCUAUCGAGAAAACGCUACCGCGGUGAUUCUAAUUGAUCGCUUGAACUGGAAGAGAGGAGGAGAAACAGAGAAGCGGCAGCAGUGCAAAAAGAUCCACUUCGACGAACGACGAUUAAUUUCCAAACGGUAGUAGCGGCGCGCGGCGACUCUGUACGUAAUCAAGGCAAAAAACGAAAAAAGAAAAAAAAGAAAAGAAACAAUGAAAGCAAAAAGUUAUACUCUCCCCGGGCCCAAGUAACGUUACUUUGUGAGAGAAAAACGAAAAGAUGAGAGACGACUAAAGUGAGAUGAUGUGAAAGUGACAUGCAAAACUUGUCUACGAGUGUAAGAGAGAAAGAGAGAGAGAGAGAGAGAGAGAGAAGAACGAAAGAGACGAAAGAAGCGUAUGUAUGCACGCGUGAAUGACGGAAAACGAGAAACAACAUCGGGUGAGCCAGGUUGUACGAUUGGAGAGAGAGAGAGGCACUAUUUUUAACUUGAAAAAAAAAAGUAAUUACUCCAAAUAUUGUUGCAUGCUUAGUUAUCGUAUUAUAGUCGGGAACGACGUUUUAACGCUAAUGAGGUAUAACUGAAUUGUAAGAAACGACAAACUGGAAAUCGGUCGGACAGCAGCGACGAGAACCUCCGUGUCGCGGCACGAUCGAUUUUUUUCUUAGACCGUAAGCGGUAUACACGUAUUAAUUACUAUUGUACACGUACGUCAUUACGAUUAUUAUUAUUACUAUUAUUAUUAUUACCAUCGUCAUCGUUAUCAUUGUUAUCGUCAUUACCAUUACGCUACCAUCGUCAUGGUCAUUAAUUAAUCGCGUGAUUACAAUUACCAUAACGGUAUGCAGAUACACGCAGUGUACCUAUGGACGAUCGACGAUCGACGAGCAACAUUCUGAGAUCGAUCGAAGAACUUUCGGAAAGAAGAACGGUGUUCGAGAUACGGUGCCACGAGACACCUCUGACGUUCAUUAUUCCAUUAAAUCUUCGACUAUUUAUUCGAUGUUCUGCUCGGAGAAAGAUUUCAUCGUUUUCGACUUUAAAGCAUAGCACGUAACGUUUUGUUCCGAUCGAAUCGAGAUUCUUCGGUCGAGAUUUCAAGGAUUAUCGAAACGUGGGGUACCCAGCUACGGUGUGAUCGUCAGGCUCCAAGACCUGCGGAUCACCCGUCGCGAUCGGUUAGCAGGCGAUUGCCAAAUUGCCACAUUGGCGACGAUGUCUCAAACUUUCAAGUAGCAGUCGUUGAGAAUAAGCAGGAACAAAUGGAACGGAAGCCUUGGUAUCGUAGCCUACGAUGGUCAUUAUUAAAUAUCGGUAAAUGUUGCCAAAAUCUGCGAGAAAAUUAUAUCUCUUCUGCGACGAAUCGCUGCGAUCGACUCGAAGAAUCGAGUCGUUAUCCAAGAAGAAAGGAAUUUUCUCUUGAUAAUCGUCUUAUUUAGUUACGUUGGUACGCGCUCUUUGGUAACGUUAUAUUCUUGUCGAGAUGAUCGUCCGUGUAAGUUUAGACCAACGUGGAGAAAUUUUUGGAAAGACGUACGAGAUAGAUCCGAGCGCAAGAUUCUACUCUCGCCUAUUCUCAGCGAUUCGUAACUUUCGUUUUACCAACGUGGAAAGAACUACGAAACUAAACUAGUCUUUCCGAGAUACGAUAUAAACCUAUCCAUUGUAAAUUGGGCACAAUCCCCGAUUCCAAAGGAACCGCUUACGAUUUCGAAAGAUCGGAGGGGAUAUUUUUGAACGUGCAGGUAUCCGCCAGAGAGAUACCAGGCGAAAAAGUUAUUCUUGUAUUUCGCGGCGAUGCAAAGUGUAUGAAAUUCUUGUGCGUUCUUGGGAAAAGAGGAAAAUCGGGAACUUACAAAUCGUAGGGGCAUUCCGUUGCAAAAGCCGUUCUCGCGUAUUAAAGAGGUCGUGUUACGUUCGUUGAGUGAUAAAUAGGCUAACGAAGAUUCACGAACGCGCACUAUUUUUCAAAGAUAGAGAUAUACCUUCGUGACCAUAAACUUACUUAUGGUGUAUGCUGUUGGCACGCGGAAUAUGGGAAAAGUAAGAGAAGCGAAACGGGCGGAUCGAGCGCAAGUACCGAGCAGCCAUCGCCGAUCCUUCGACGAAACUGACAAAUCAAAAUAUCGUUUUCAUUCGCUCGCGCUCUUUUCAUCAAAGUUGCCCGACUAACGGGCAAACGAUACGAUUUUACUACUUUGUUGAACAAACGAGAACGCGGGUUCUCGCAGAGAUUCGAUAGUUGGCAUCGCGUAUGCAUCCAUCGAACGAUUUUGGGCCUACUGUCCACGAAGCCUCGCUCCAUAGAGGCCUAAGUCCAGUCUCGUCAGACGCGACGAUACGUCUGCGCCUUGUUCGGUCUACGAAGCGUACGUCGUUACACGUUUCGUCUCGUCGUUGGAACGUCGAGCGACGAGGAAGACGCUUUCGUCGUGCAUCGCUGCGUUACACCUACUCCCACUGUUUUGCCCGCACAUUCUCGAUACAGUCGUAGAUCGAAGCUCGCGUAUCGGCCGAAAAAUCGCAUAUACGAUUAAGAUCAGGACAAAAAGGAGCAACGACGAGGACGGUUCGCUGCUGUUUGGUUGGACAGCUGCGCGUUACCUGACAAUGAUCGUUGCAUCGAAUCGUCGAGGAUCUGACACGCGUCUAUGAGGCGACGCUGCGUGGACGGUGAGUCUCGUUGGUAGCCAAGCGGCUGUUGGUUGAACGCCACUCGCCAAACGGGUGGCACGAUAUUGUUUUCUGAGAAUGGGGGAAAAUCGGGCAACGAGCUCGUUCGUUCGCCUGGACGGUGGACUACCGAGCGUCGAGUCGUCGCAGACGAGGUUGCAAAGACGACGAAACCUCUUUUCGGUCGGUCUCUGCGCUCGGUCGUUCCUCGUUGGAAGAAAGUUGAAAGAGAGCGAAGAUAGGCAUAGAGGGAUGGAGAAAAAGGGUCGAGUAGGAUAACGUAGGAUCCGUUGAUUGUACAGCCAUGUAGCGCAGUGUGUGUUGUAAGUUAAGGUAUAUUUUGUAGGAUUAAAUGUCGAUCGUUUCUAACGUAAGUAAUACGAUAGCUUUGACAGGGGUGAGAAUGAGCGCGCGCGUUAUUAUACGUGUUAUACGCUAGUAGAGACAAAACGAUCUCCAGUAUUCCAUGAUGUGUGUAAUUGUGAUCGUUAAUCACUCCCCGCCCCCCUCCCCCCUGACGAUUUUUAUUUUUAUCAAACGAGACACGAUAGAAGGAGGAGAGUCGAAAGGAUUAUCGAGCAACCGUUUGCCGGUAUAAUUAAUCGCGCUGGUGUCGAACGUUAUAUAAGGGGUUUUAAAAAGUUUGUGAUCGAGAAAGUAGGCUAGCGCAAGCGUAGUAGAGAUAAAGGUGGAGAGUAGAAAGAACAUUGACAAAACUAUACGUAUUUACGAUACAUCCGCAGAGAACCGACUGUUGUUUCAUUGGCCAAUUUUUCUCGUGCCGCCCACCAUCUUGUUAUUUACUGUGUCGUAAGUCGCGAAUGAUAAACAAUACGUCUUGUACGAUUAAAAUAUCUAGUCAUGGCCUCUCGAUAAUUUAUUAGUUGACGUUGCAUGCAAUGGAUAUUAUAGGUCGGACGAAAUCGAAGCAGCUCGGUUUCGUCGGAACAUCUAAGUCAUCGAACGAAGACGUUCACAGGGAGACACGCAAUAAUACACGUACGAAAUAAAAAAAGAUUACGUACGACGUGGCAGAUGGAGUAGAAGAAAAGAGAAAGACUGGCAGCAAUUUCGUUGAUGGUUAGGAGACUGUUUUGCUGUUUCGUGUGUCGUUGUGACGUCAUCGCCCUCGCUAAUUCCCACAUUCUAAUCGCUAUUUAUUUAUUUAUUUUUUUAUUUAUUUAUACGUUAUUAGACAUUUACAAGGAUCAUUGUAUCGCUUCUAUCUAUUCUCGUAUUAUUGUCGUUUUUCUCGAUCGAAUAAUUUAUUAUUAUUAUCGAUACUAUCAUCGCCAAAGUUCUAUCGCUAGUAUUGCUACUCUUAUCGCUCUAUACACUGUUGCUAACGAUACCCUGGUAUCCAGUAUCGGCGAUACUUUUCAGACGUCGUUUCAUCAUUGACAUUUUAUUACUCUACUUUUAACGUCUUUGUCUCAAACUUCUUUAUUAUUGCCAUUAUCGAUAUUGCUAUUAUUUUAUUAUUAUCACCGUGAAUAUUUAUUUAUUUGUGUUUACUUGGUAUCGGUCCGCGAUACCUCUUUUUAUCGAUAUCUUUUUGUACUUAUUACAUAUAUAUAUAUAUAUAUAUACAUAAAUAUAUAUGACGAUGAUUUACGCGUAACAUUAACGAUUCUCUCGACCAUUAUCGUCGUUAUUAACGAAAUCCAUGUGGUCAUUGUCAUCAUUAUUGUCAUUACUUUUCCUAGUCAUCGCGGUCGACGUAAUUGGAUAACGAUUAUAUACUAGCGUCUUCAUUAAAAUUUUCCAUAAAGUCCUAUUCAUAUCUAUUUAACUAAUGUCAUACGAAUGUCUAAUGUACAUAUAUAUGUAUAUAUAUAUUUAUAUAUAUAAUACAUAAUAUCGUAUACAUAUAUAUAUAAAUAUUAUAUAAAAUUAUAUAUUUAAUUAAUAUAUAUAUAUAUAUCAAUAUUAUAGUAUUGUAUUACUAUUAUUACAUUAUUACUAUUAUUAUUAUUAUUAUUGCUACUAUUAUUGUCAUUAUCAUUAUCAUUAUUAUUAUUAUUAUUAUUAUCAUUGAUAUUACCAUUAUUUUAUUACUAUUAUUACUAUUAUUACGUCGCUAUUAUUAUUAUUAUUAUUAUUAUUAUUAUUAUUAUUAUUAUUAUUAUUAUUAUUAUUAUUACUAUUAUUAUGACCAUUGUCAUUAUCGUCGUCGUCGUCGUCGUCGUCGUCGUCGUCGUCGUCGUCGUCACCGACAUUACGAUUAUCAUUACGAUUAUCAUGAUUAAUGUAUAAAUGAUGGAUGUAGCGGACGUUUAUCGUGCAAGUUAAAUUUGACUAGGGUGAUGUGCACAGACGGGAUGCGUUGUUUGAUAAGUUACACAAAAAAGAGAAAAAAAAAGAAAAUACGAAAAAAUAAGGAGGGAGGAGCGAAGCGAAGUAAAAAUAGUUAGGAGGCCGCGAUCUACGCGGUUAUGGUUAACGCGGUUAACUCGGUUGAGGAUAUAUAUGUAUUUUUUUAAAUUUUAACGCUAAUGAAAAAAAAAAUAAAAAAAAUAAAGAAAACAAAGUAGAAGAUAAAAGAAACGAGAGCUGUGCGCAAAUCGAGUGCGAGGUUGAAAGCACGGGGAGAAGGGGGGGUUGGGGGCGCGACGAUUUAUGAAAUAUUUAAAACCUGGGAACACACAACACACCGAUGUCUAUUCGUAAGUUGUACUUACUAUUUAUUACCAUUAAUCGACAUCGUUAUUUUUUGUACGAUCGCCAUUAUCGUUCUUAUCGUCAUUACUAAACGAAACUUAUUACGAUACGUAUCGAUGACGUUGCGUACGAGGCAAAAUACGAUCCACGAUACUUUUUACCCUUCGACGAGAACGCGGCCGUACAUUUUGACGUCCUCCUGCCGCCUUCCGGAUGUCCACCGAUGAUGCGUCGUCGCAUGAUUCUUUCCGCGGUUUAAUAACCGACGGUCUGCAUACGUUCGCCAAACGAAUCGACCAAAGAUACUUCUGUUACCAAAUACGUAUUUGCGAACAUUUGCUCGAUCGAUUCCACGAUCGAUUUACAUAUAAUAUAUUCUCUCUUCGUCUCGAGUGUACCAAAGCACCUAUUACGCGCACACUACGGAGGAUUCCGUCUCAAAAAUCGUCUUUGUCCGGUCGCGAGCAAAGUUUUUGCUCGUGCCAGCUAAAAACUUUUUCUAAUCUUCGAAACAUCGAUCAUUCAGUGGAUAUUUCAGAGGAAACGCGCGAAACAGUGGAAAGCGUAGUUUCGUAAACGCGUAGCUUUCGUCCCAUCGAUCAAUCCGUGCGAGAUGCGACAAUUUUUGGGCCGGUAUUCCUUCCUUAUUUUUCUGUAAAGUUAACGAUAAUAAAAGCAUUUAUUUUCGAAAAAUUAUCUCUGUUGACUGUUCUUAUUGAAAUGAUAUAUAUCGAUACGAGUGCGAACGAUCUAAUCAUCAGGUUCAUUUUUCUUCGUUGACACGUUUCAUCCGAAAAGCUUGAAAUUAGCUGGAGAAAAAUUAUUAAGAUGGACCAAAACAAUUAUAUCGUAAGAUUAUUUGUUCUUUCGUUGCUAUUACUAUUACCGCUACUGUUACUACAUACCACUACCACUACUAUUGCUACUGUCCUGUCAUUAUCGCCAUUAUUAUGAUUUCUAGCGUAAAGUAUCCAUUACGAUACGUGACGACGAGUUUUACAAUUACGAAAGAUUAGUCGCAGGAAACGAAGACUGUUAAAAUAUAAGUGACAAACAAAUGGUACAAGAAAUAACGAGAAAGGAAAAUACUUGUCUUAUCGCACACCCUUCGUUUUCUCUUUACGCUGGAUAAGUUAACGUCGGUAGGUUACGGGUUUUGUUACGAAAGUUAGGAAAAUCCGAGACAAGAAAAGCAGCAGAAACUUCCAAAGAAGAAACGAAUCGCUUAACGAGAAACAAUUUUCUUUUACCAGAGCAAUAACACCACGAUAGCGUGUAAUAUACGUAGAUGUAACAAAUGGCAAUGACAGCUCGUCGCAAACAUUCCAAACAACACAACAUUUGUAUUGGAUUGGCCAAAAAGUCUCCUCGUUUUUCUCUAAAGCAAAUUCAAAUUUUUAUUCUAUUCGUUUUCCAACUGAAACUGUAUUAUACGAUUCGCCCCUAUUUUCUACCAAUCUCGUUUCAUUUUCGAAAACUUGACAAUUUUCAAAUGUUCCCCUCUGCGAACUAAAAUUGGCACCUGCAACUAUUCCUGGCAUCUUCACCGCACGCUGUAUGUAUCCGUGUUCAUAUUUGCACAGCGUAUUUGCGCAAUCUGCAGUCGGAUCAACAGGAUAGGAGCAAGAUAAAAUGCAUUUUAACCCUUCGAAACUUGGUUCCGGAGUUUAUUAACUUUAGUAAUAUUUUUCUUUCUCUCGCGUGUACAUUUGCUAAAACAAAGAAAAGCGAUUUCCGAGUUUGUUAUCUCCCCUAUCUUCGGAUAAAGAUACGAGCAAGAGGUGGCGUCUUUUAAGAGUUACCUUUCAUAUAGAAAAUUCUUUUUCCUUUUUAUCGUACAACAGCUUUAAGCCACGACGACACCUCGAAACUAGUUGAUAAUGCUUAGUCUUAUAAACCUAACGUACAGCCAUAGUCGCAAACCUUAGAAAAGAAAGCGUUCACGCCUAAAGAGACGUUAAUGUCAUCCACUGACAGAAACGAGAAAAUUUUUUGGCCAAGCUAAUAAUCGACUAAUACUGUUGGCAAGUGAUUAGCAGACUGAAUAUUUCUGUUACGCGUUUGAUUAUUAUCAUUCGAUCGUUAUUCGAGUUGACUCUCCGAUCUCGUCUAUAUUCAAGUUGUAAGACUGCGUUUAAAACUGAACACGCGUAUUAACGUCCUGAAUAUCGUUGCUGUUAAAUAUAUAAUAUAUCAUAGUGAACCUCUAUUGCGCAUGAAACACGCUAGAUUCUGUUAACGAUACUCGAUCGAAUUAUUUGUAAAACGAACAAUGGACACGAUCGAUCCUUGUGUUAACGAAAUUUCGUACGGUUCACAAAUGAAAUUGUUCUUGUGCUAGUCAAGGGAAAGCGACGUCGGGGAGAAGCAAGCUGAGUACGUUAUAUUUCAGGGUGUAGAAAUACGCUUAUUAAUGUACGAUGGACUAUACCAUUUGCUCUAGAAUUCGGUGAAAGUUUGUUAUAGAAUUGGAGUGUAUGGGUUUGCGAAAUGUACAAGGCAGUUACAGUUAAUUGCUAUCAGUGUACUUCUUGUAAUCGACACUAUUCUCUUUCUCAUAAAAUACUGAUAUUUUUAUAAUCGCUUUUAUUAUAGCCUAAGUGUGCAGAAAUUAAAUAAAUAUUGAAAAUCAG